AUGGUAAAGAAGAAACUGCAGGAGCUAUGGCUACACAACUUUUGGCCGGGGGAGUAUGAGAAGUUCUACCUGGUCACUGACAACUACCGGAGCCUCAUCCCACUCUGCGAUCCCAUUCGGCGGGGGUGCCCCAGGCCACGUACAGUGGUGCUGCUGGGGCCCACGGGCGUGGGGAAGACCACACUGGUGAAGAAGCUGAUUCUGGACUGGUCAGAGGGCAAGCUGGGCCCGGCCUUCCAGUGGGCCUACUACCUGAGCUGCAGGGAGCUGAACCACGGCAAGGGGGAGGACUUGUAUCAGCUCAUCUUCAAGGGCACCCUGGAGAUGGAGGGCAACAUAGUAAGUGGCCUGCUAGACUCAGAGGAAGUGCUGUUCAUUGUGGACGGGUUUGAUGAACUGAGGUACAAGGCUGGGGAGAUGAUAAAAGACAUAGCUCCUCAGCGGGGUCAAUACAAGCCAGUGCCGGUCCUGCUGAGCAGCUUGCUGAAGAGAAUCGCAUUGCCCAAUGCCACCCUGUUGGUCACCACACGGCCCCGGGCCCUGCGGGAGCUCAUGCUGAUGGUAGAGCAGCCCAUCCUGGUGAAUGUGGAAGGAUUCUCUGAGGUGGAUACGCAGGAGUACUUCCACAGGUAUUUCAGAGACCAGGCCCAGGCCCAAAGAGCCCUGGAGGCCGUGAAGAGCAACCACAUCCUGCUGGCCAUGAGUAGGUCCCCUGCCGCAUGCAGGCUGCUCUGCGCCUGUCUGCAGCCGCAGAUGGAGAGGGGUGUGGACCCCAGCCAGGCCUGCCAGACCUCCACUGCCCUGUUUCUCCAGUUCUUCUGUGACCAGUUUAACCCUGGCCCCAGUGCCCAGGUGUCCCUGGCUGCCCCGCUAGAGGCUGUGUGCCACCUGGCCGCCCGCACACUGAUGGUGCACCAGUCCACAUUCCACACACUAGACCUCAAGAAGGUCGGCGUGCAGGAUUCCGACCUUUGGCCUUUCCUAGACAAGGGCAUCGUCCGGAAGGACCACGGCUGCAAGUGGUGUUACCACUUCAUCCACCCCAGCAUCCAGCAGUUCCUGGCCUCCCUCUUCUACAUCCUGAAGCGCAAGAGCGAGGAAGGCCAAGGCCAUCAGCCCCAUGGCCACAACGUGAAAGACAUGCGCAAGCUGUUCUCCAAAGAGGCCCAGAUGAAGGACCCUGACCUGGCCCAGACAGCCCUCUUCCUGUUUGGCCUCCUGAACAAGAAGAGGGCCCAGGAGCUAGAGGGGGUCUUCGGCUGCCAAACACUCGUCACGGAGAUCAGACAGGAGCUGCUGGAGUGUCCGCUUGAGGAGACCAAGCCCUUCCUCUUGCAGAUGGAGCUGCACAAGGUCUUCUCCUGGCUCUAUGAAUCUCAGGACAAGGAGCUGGUGGAGGAGGCUCUGGCUCCCUUUGAGGAAAUGUCUCUGAUCUUAAAGAGCCACCAGGAUCUCCUGCAUGCUUCCUUCUGCCUCAGGCACUGCCGAGGCCUGCGCAGGCUCACGGUACAGGUGGUCAAGGGGCUAUUCCGGGAGGACAGUGCUCAGCUGCCAUGCACAGCACAGGACCAGAGGUCCGGGGAUGACCAGGUCCUACUUGCUCUCUGGACAGAUCUCUGCACCAUGUUUUGCUCAAACAAGAAUCUGAUUAGCCUGGACAUCAACUACAGCGGCCUCAACAGCUCCUCGGCAGCUGUUCUGUGGGACAUAUUACCUUCGGCCUAUAAUCUCCAGAAGGUGGCCCUCAAGAAUAUUUCCUCAGCUGGGGUGCAACAUAACCUGUUCCAUAAGGACCUGCUGCCCUUGCUGUGCAAGGUCCUGAAGCACCCAGAGUGCAACCUGCAGGACCUCAGGCUGGGGCCUUGCCCUGCCACCUCUCAGCAAUGGGCCGACUUCUUCCUGGCUAUCCAUGGCAGUCCCUUGACUGUCCUGGGCCUUGUGGACAAUGAGGUCCUGGACCAGGGCAGCAAGCUGCUGUGUGAGACCCUGACAGAUCCAUGGUGCAUCAUGCGGAAGCUGACCCUGGAGAACUGCCAGCUCACCCAGGCCUGCUGCAAGGAUUUUGCCUCUGUCCUCACUGUCAACCAUUGGUUGAUUCACCUGAGCUUGGCCUACAACGACCUCGGGGAUGGCGGGGUGAAAAUCCUAUGCAGUGAUGGCUGCGAGCACCUCUCCAGGCUCCUCCAGAAGCAGUCGAGACUCACAUACUUGGAUCUGGGGCUGAACCCGGUGGGGGAUUCCGGCAUGAUGGCACUGUGUCAGGCCCUGAAGAGCCCACUCUGCCACCUCCAGCGUCUGUGGUUGUGGGACUGCUCCAUCACUUCUACCAGCUGCGGGGAGCUCGCCGAGGCCCUCCGCAGCAACCAGAAGCUAGUCACCCUGGAUCUGGGCCAGAACACCUUGGAAUCUAAUGGAUUACUCAGGCUGUAUACAGCCUUGCAAUUUCAAAGGUGCUCCCUGCAGAUACUCAGGUUGAAAAUAAAUGAAGCAAAUCCUGAAGUGAGGAAGCUGCUAAGAGAAGUACAAAAAGUCAACCCCCAACUGAUCAUCGACAGCAACCACAGAGAGCCCAGAAAAAGGAGACCUCAGGACAUCCCUGACUGA